AUGUCGUGCUCCAAGAAGUCCAUGCGGAACUACAAGGUGUUUAACGCUGUGGAUGUUCAGAUCACGGAUGACGAAAUCGUCCAAGCAAUCGGCAGUGGCGACAUUGUCAUGUCGAUGAAGACACCCCAAGGGAUAAAGAAAGGUGUGCUCACAAACGUGUGCCACAUCCUAAAGUUAGCCAGAAACCUGCUCUCAGUCGGCCGCUUCACCAAGGAUGUUGGCCCAGUGACGUUCACAAAGGAUGGGUGCUAUGGAGAAGCGAAAGGGACCAAGUGA